GCAGUUCUGAGUUCUUUUAUGUUGAACAACUUAAACAACCCUGCCCUAGAAAUGUGUCAUGUAACAUUUUCUUUACAAAUUGACAAACUCAUUGAUUGUGGGUGGCCAUACAUUGUCAGCAGUUAUAGUACAGGACUAGGCAGGCUUUUCUUCCCAGAGAGAAUAUAGAACAGGUUGUGGCAAACUCCAUAGGGAAUCCUGUCAUCUCUAACCCAUAGCUCAGAUUUCCAUGUCAAAUUACCCUUGGGUGGCACUUGCAGUGUAAAUUUAGCCAAACUAUAUAAAGACCCACUUGUGCUUCAGCUCUCCGGUUGUCGAUUUUGCAGUCGGUUUGGCCCUUAUUUGGUCUCAGAAAAUGGAAAUAAAUCAAUUGAAAACAUGGAUUAAGUCAAUUAAUACACUUGUAUUACUUUGGUGCAGUGCAGUGGACAAAAUUCCUCAAUCUAUACUUCUAAAAUGGCCAGUAUCCUUGCUGCUGUUUUCCCCUGCAUUUCUAUUGCUCCACCUGAUGUUCAAAAUGGCAGCUGGGGCCGCAGUCUAGUUCUGCGCUGUUUACGAUUUUCAACAGUGCGUAAUAUAAUGCCACGUUAAAAACAACUCGGAAAUCUCCGACCUCCGUGCGGUCUAGACAACUGUGACAUCGCGGGGGGGAAACGAGCAUCGACUGGAAAUAAUCGUUUCGAACGGUAAUCCAACUCGGAAUUUGGAAGGUCGGAAAUGCGAGCAUCUUACUAGAGCUCCGACCUGAACACCACUGACGUCAUGAUUUGACCUCUUUUUCCGUGUUCCCAGUUGUAUUGAAAGCACUAAAAGGAAGUCCUCAUGUCGUCAUUUCGCCGUGCAUAGAAAAAAAUUAAUGAGUAAAAAAAUCGGAAGAAAACAAGCCCAGCCGAACAGCCAGCUCAGCCCAAGCCGGCUUUUUUAUUUGGUGCUUCAUUAUUUUUCGGUCACCGGUGAAAGUAGGCGGAGAUGAGGGGACUCCUGCCGUUUUACCGAGCUCUGAACGCCCUGUGUAACCGACAAGUCAGGCGAAGAGCUGGAUUUGCCGGUUCUGAGUGCGGGUUUAGCGGAACCGUGUCUGUUAGCAAGCCACAGCCAUGCUUUGGCCUGCUGUUUGACAUCGAUGGCGUGCUUGUCCGGGGAAAGAUACCCAUCCCUGCUGCAAAAAAGGCCUUCCAAAAACUGGUCAACUCUCAGGGACAAUUUGUGGUACCAGUUGUUUUUGUCACCAACGCAGGGAAUUGUAUGCGGCAGAUGAAAGCAGACCAGCUCUCGCACAUCCUGGGAGUGCCUGUCUGGCUCAGCCUAUCAGACCGGUGUUUUUGUUACCAGAUCACCAUGGACCAGGUGAUGAUGUCACACAGUCCACUGAGGAUGUUCAAGAAAUACCAUGACAAGUGUGUUCUGGUGUCAGGACAAGGGCCCGUCCUGGAUAUUGCCAAAAACUUGGGCUUCCAGAAUGUGGUCAGUAUCGACAUGUUGAGAGAAUCCUUUCCUCUGCUGGACAUGGUAGACCACAACAGACGGCCCAAACUGCCGUCCAGUCCUAUUGCCAACCUUCCCACAGUAGAAGCUGUUAUUCUGUUUGGGGAGCCCAUCCGAUGGGAGACCAACCUCCAGCUGAUAAUUGAUAUCCUGCUGACCAAUGGGAACCUGAGCGGAGCCCACCAGACCCAAAAGCUUCCCCACCUCCCCCUGCUGGCCUGCAACAUGGAUCUCAUGUGGAUGGCUGAGGCCCAGUCUCCACGCUUUGGUCAUGGAACAUUCCUGGUGUGCCUGGAGAACAUCUACAAGAAGAUAACGGGUAAAGAGGUGAAGUACAAAGCUCUGAUGGGAAAGCCCAGUGAACUGACCUACCACUUUGCUGAGUACCUCAUCAGAGGCCAGGCUGUGGAGAGAAACUGGAAACAGCCCAUCACCUCCCUCUAUGCUAUUGGGGAUAACCUGAUGACUGACAUCUAUGGGGCCAACCUCUACAGUUGUUACCUGGAGGAGAGGAACAGGAGGAAGAACUCCAAAGCUGUCGCCAAGAUGGCCACUGGCACGGGCUCUAGUGCAGCCCUUCCCCAGGACAACGACCACAUAGAGAACACCUGGGAGAGCGAGCUGGCACCCCCCUCCGCCACCUCCUGCAAGUCCAUCCUGGUGUGCACUGGGGUGUACAACCCCCACACGGAGGUGCCCACUUAUGCCAACAAGUGCAUCAAGGAGACUGUGUUUCACGGGCAUCGCGACUUCCGCUUUGACCCGGCGUUGGUAGAGCCCGGGCACAUCGUGCAGGACGUGGCUGACGCCGUGGAGCUCAUCUUUGAGCAGGAGAAGUUUGUGCCUCAGUAAUGUUUUCAGGUUGGUGUCAUCAUGGAGACCUCCUUAGUAGAGGUCUCAGGUUUGCCUGUGCCGGCCAUAGAAUUAGAAUUGAUUAUAUUCAAAUUCUAUGGUUCUGGGUUAAAAAGGAGGGGGUUCCUAAAAAUUGAUACAGAGCAGACCCAACCAACUGAUCAAUAUCCAGUGUUGUGCAGAUUUGUUUUGUAUGAUACGAUGGACCAGAUUCCCUUAGUCCUUAACUGGGAAAUACCACUCACUGAGUUACGUUGGACAGUGUUUACAACUUGGCAGGGUAUUGAAGGAACUUAAUAGGUAAAGUACUGUAGUGAGAUUGAACUCUUAUUCAUUCUGUUGUAUUGUUCUAUAGUGGGCUUAAAACGAUUUAAGUUCUGCACAAUUACCCGCUUUUAAGUAAUGGCAAUUGAUUUUAAUGCAAGCCUUAUUUAAUAGUAUUAUGAAUAAGUAUUUUCUUAGUUGUGAUUAUGUACAAAGAUUAUGACCAUCUUUAAAAUUGUGAAUUUGAUUUAAUUGGUCUUAUGUAUCUUAAUGACUAUAAUAAGUUCCAAAUAUUUUUAUGAAUUCAUAUGUUUUCAAUUCCUUCUCAAACUGACCAUAUUACUGUCUACCAUACGUUUUGUCUGUUACAUCUAUGCAUGCAUUUCAUAAGAUAGAUUUAAUGCAUUAUACUGUACUUGGCCCGGUUUCCCAAAAGCAUAUUAAGGSAAUUUCAUCGUUAGAACCAUAGAUGGUUCUAAUAUUAACCAUAGAUGGUUCUAAUAUUAAUUUUGCCUUAAGAUGCUUUUGGGAAACCGGGCCCUGUACUGUAAGAAUACCUAUUUGAUAUUUAGGGUGCAAUGCCGUCCUUCAACUGUGCUGUCUACAUUAUUUCGAGCAAUGUAAACCAUGUAACCUGUAUUUGCACAGAACAAAACGAUUCAUUCUCAUUUAAUGUUACCAUAUCUUGCCGAGCUACUAAACCUGCUCUUUGUUGUAAAUGUACCAUUUGUCGUAUGCGUUAGAACUUUGACCACAGAUGCAAUGACUGUAUCUAGCCACUUAUAUUUAUAUAAAAUAUAGGAAUAUAAGAGAAGCUAUUUUAUCAUAGGUGUAUUAACCAUGUAUUUCAGUUGAUGCGUUACAUAUUUUAUAAGAUGUUGUCAAUAUUGCUUGUAUGAAUGAAAAUAGCGUAGCCUUAAAAAAACGAAAGAAAAAAGCUGGCUACCUGUUCUUCAGUGCUGAUGAUACAGCAUGGCUUUGUUUACAUGAAAACAAACGACUCCAUAGAAAAUAAAACAUGCUUAUCUUCUUGCCAUAUAUCCUAA